UAGAGGUAUUAAAUAUCCAGCACUUACGGUUAGCAAUUCAAAUUCUGCACUUAUCUUUCUGUCAACCCUUGCAGUAAAAGUAGUUGUAAUCUGCGAGAAUUUAAAUGAUCUUCGUUCAACGCAAGUGGGAGUGAGACCUCUUGCAGGCCUGGUUGGAUCAAUCUACUGUACUGCACUAUGAGCCUAACUUCAAACGCCACUCCAGACAGUCAGCUCACCAGUAACCACUGGGCUUCGACCAACUUCUAUCCUGACGUUCCAAUAGUGAUGUCUGGCUACGCAAGUAGUCGCCUGUGGCCUCAUGAUUCCCAGCCACAAUUCUGGAGUAAAUAUCAAGUGUGGGAGUGGUUGCAGCAGGUCAUGGACAUACACCAGAUUGAUGUCUCCAACUUCCCCUUCCAAAACUUUGAUAUGGAUGGUCACCAGCUCUGUAACCUGACCUACCAGGACUUUGUCCAUGCGGCAGGAGACCUUGGGCCCAUUCUCUUCCACAGCAUAACACAGCUCAAGUGGGCCGAAUAUCAUAUGGAAAUCAGUCACCUGGAACUAAAGCCAGAAUUAGAAAUUUCCUGUAACUUUUCAGAGGUCAGCUAUCCUCAAACAGAUGGCUAUGACUCAUCGAUUCAAGCUCAUGUCCCGGCUGUCUCACCUCCCGCUUCCUGCAGUCAUGAAAUGAAAAUGUCCUACCAUCGCCAACAUCAGGUCAAAAAACACAAUCCAAGAGGGUCCCAUUUGUGGGAAUUUAUCAGAGACAUUUUACUGCAUCCCGAACGCAAUCCAGGGCUGAUCAAAUGGGAGGAUCGGACAGAAGGGGUAUUUCGCUUUCUUAAAUCAGAGGAAGUGGCACAGUUGUGGGGCAAGAAGAAAAACAACAGCAGCAUGACCUAUGAGAAGUUGAGUCGGGCAAUGAGAUAUUACUACAAAAGGGAAAUCUUGGAACGAGUAGACGGGCGUAGACUGGUGUACAAAUUUGGUAGGAACGCCAGAGGAUGGAAGGAGUCUGAGAAAUAAUUUAUGUUUUUUAUAGACUUGAAUGCUGCAAGAUUUUGAUAAAUUUGCUGGGUCUUGAUGAGAUCAAGCCAAAAUUCUGACUUUGUACUUUUGCUGAACACAUGAGAAAAUGUUAAUAUUUUGCAAAUAACACAUUGUGUUGCAUGAUUGUGGACCAGAUAGACCCAAAUGAAGAUAUGUUCAUACAUGUCAGAUGAGUAAUAUUGCGAAUGUGGCCACUUGUGCAAAGGAUGAAGGACGACUGUAUAAAACAAACAAACAAAAAGGUAAAAAAUGGAGCCAAAUAUAAACAUACUCUAAUUUAACUUUUUUUCUUUCUUUCUUUUUUUGGCAUGCUGCAUUUCUUGCUGUGUGGGUGUAUGCAUGUAUCAUUAUGAUUAUUUUGUUAAUGUUUGAUGCAAAUAAAGCUAGUCAUUCCUUUGUAUCUUUGUGAAAGCAGCGUCUUACAAUAUAACUUGAAAUAUUGUGGAUGAAUCUACACCCAUGACACUCACUGUAACUGAAUGACUGAACCUUUUUGAGCUCACCUAGAGGUCCAUGGUUCCAUUGUGAUUGCCGGAUUGCAGGCCAUCUCCACCACGGUGCUGCACACAGUGGCAGCCAGCAAGAUAAUAGUAAAAUGAACAGAUGCUACUUGUGCUACUAUUCUCAUAUGCAAAUGCGGUGUCCAAUCUCGACUCAGAUUUAUCUCUGUCUUACAUAACCCAUCAUUUGUAUAGUGGGCUUUUGAUUGGUAUCUCAUUUUAUUAACUGACUGUUUCAAAUCUAUCCCACAGCGGUGUUGCACCUGUCAUGUUUGCCACUUGGUCCUCAUUGUCAUCUGUGGUCAUUAAAAUGGUGUGGAUACCCA